AUGGCCACACCACUCUCCGAGAAAGAGCUCGAACACAACCCCGACAAAGACCAUGCCAUCACCACCGCCGCAGGCGACCUCGACGCCGCCAUCGACGACGAAGCUGAACGCAAGGUCAUCCGCAAACUCGACCUCUGGAUCGUCCCGCCCGUGAUGCUGCUGUACCUCUUCUCUUUCCUCGACCGCGUCAACAUCGGCAACGCGCGCCUCUACGGCCUGGAAGACGACCUCGGACUGACCGGCGACCAAUUCCAAGUCUCCGUGUCCAUCCUCUUCGUCACCUACGUGCUUUCAGAGUUGCCGUCCAACCUCGUCAUCAAAAAACUGCGGCCGUCGCGCUGGAUCGCGUUCAUCACUACCGGGUGGGGAAUCGUUGCCACGCUCACGGGCGUGGUGCAGAGCUACGGCGGGCUGAUCGCGUGCCGCCUGAUUCUCGGUGCGCUGGAGGGCGGCUUGUUCCCUGGUCUCACCAUCUACUUGACACUGUUCUACACGCGCAAGGAGAUCGCGUUGCGCGUGGGCUACCUCUUUGUAUCUGCAGCCAUCGCAGGCUCCGUGGGAGGGCUGCUCGCAUAUGGAAUCGGCUUCAUGGACGGCGUGUCCGGGCAGAGGGGCUGGCGAUGGAUCAUGAUCCUCGAAGGCCUCCCCACCAUCCUCCUCGGCAUCGCCGUCUGGUGGUGGCUCGCCGACAGCCCCGAGACGGCCCACUACCUCUCCCCCGCCGAGCGGCAGCUGAUGGUGCUCCGUAAGCAGCGCCAGGUCGGGCAUACGACGUCGGCCGACUCGUACCACAAAGCCGACGUGUACGCCGGCCUGCGCGACUGGAAGAUCUGGGCCUUUUGCGUGGGGCAGUUUGGCGUCGACACCAUGCUUUACGGAUACAGCACAUUCCUCCCCACCAUAAUCCGCGGCCUGGGCACCUGGUCCACGGCCCAAGUCCAAGCCCUCACCAUACCCUGCUACGCACUCGGCGCCCUCACCUACCUCUCGGUCGCGUACUGCAGCGAUCGGUGGCAGCGACGCGGCAUCCCCACCAUCAUCUUCGGCCUGGUCAGCAUCGUCGGCUACGCCGUGCUCAUCAGCCCCGUCAGCAACGGCGUCAAGUACUUCGGCUGCUUCCUCGUCGCCAUGGGCCUGUACGUCAUCGUGGGCAUCCCGCUCGCGUGGCUGCCGAGCAACAACCCCCGCUACGGCAAGCGCACGACGGCCAGUGGCCUGCAGUUGACGAUUGGGAAUUGUUCGGGCAUCAUGGCCCCCUUUCUCUACAAGACGAACGAGGCGCCGCGCUUCGUGCGCGGACAUGCAGUCACCAUGGCCAUGGUGGCCAUGGCGGGCGUCAUCUACGCUUUCAUGACCGUCUGGUUCAUGCGGGCUAACAAGCAGCGCGAUGACGGGACCGGGAAGGCGGAUGAGAAGCUGGCUGGGUUGACUGAGGACGAGGUGGCGGAACUGGGCGAACACAACCCGAAGUAUAGGUACACGUACUGA